AUGGUCCAGGCUCUCAACAGCUCGGGAAGAGGAAGAGGUGCCUACUUCAAGGCUCGCUAUGCUGGGAGAGGUGGACGUGGCGGUGGUAAUGCCGGCACUGAAAAUCAGCAACAAUUGUCAAUUGCAGAGUCCAGCUCUUCAUCUACAUCCACGUGGGCGCAACUAUCGCAAGCCCUAGACUCAAUUGAUGGCCAGCAAUACGGCUCGUACAAGCGUCUGCAAAACAGACGCUUCGAACACAAAUCACCAGACUUUACGCUAUCGAUAAAUCAUGUUCAGACGGAUGCAUAUGCGCCACCUUCGAAAAUCAGUGUUCGCAUGGACUGGAAAACCACUUGUUUCCCGACCGAAUAUGCGGCAUCAGAUAUACGACAAAUCGCUCUGGCCGACUACCUGUCCAGAGCUGCCGCUGUAUGCAUCCGCAGUAAACACAUGGAUCGCUCAGUAGGUUCUGGAAACUCUGGCUGGUCAGGCCCUAAAGGCGGAGUCUUCAGCAUCAAUGCUCCAGCACAAGAGGUGUUGCCUCGUACUAGUGCACUCGUUCUGCCUGAUGGAGACAAGAGUCUUGAGAUGCGCUUCACGGUCUCCUUACCUGCUCGUGGACGUACAGUCUUGGGUGGGGAAGCCAAAUCAAUCCUGUGUAACAAUCUUCCAGAAUUGGUCGAGAGAACCAUGCUGUACAGUUCACAUCUUGCCAAAGAGCUCAACACCCACAUCCACUGUGUCGAGGACCAAGCAUACAUGCGAUCUCAACUUGAGGCUAAGGGCCUCGUUGCUUUUGUCGGAAAUGGCUCGAUCCUCCCAAGAGCUAGUGGAGCAUCCGCUCGGAGUAUGACUGGAAAGCACGUCGUUCCUUUCAAAUCACCACCUGAGCUUGAGGUCGUUCUUAAACGCAAGCAUGAUUCUGAAGUUCGUGGAAUGGGUAUCCCCAAGGGAAUCACUCUUCUUACAGGUGGCGGCUAUCACGGCAAGUCUACUCUUCUGGAAGCCCUCCAGCUUGGUAUCUACAACUAUAUUCCUGGCGACGGUCGUGAGCUCGUGGUGACCAAUCCCAAUGCUGCGAAAGUUCGUGCAGAAGACGGUCGCAGUGUGACGGGUACAGAUAUCAGUGCAUUCAUCAAGAAUUUACCCGCAAAGAGAAACACAGAUGCAUUCACUACGGAUGACGCCAGCGGUUCGACAUCCAUGGCCGCCAACAUCCAAGAAGCUCUCGAAUUAGGAGCAGAAGUCAUCAUGGUCGACGAAGACACAUCUGCUACCAAUCUGCUUGUCAGAGAUGAACGCAUGCAGAGUCUGAUCAAGAAUGAGCCAAUCACUCCCCUCGUCUCGAAAGUGCGUGCUCUCUACGAUCAGCACGGCGUCAGCACCAUCAUCGUAGUCGGUGGGCUGGGCGACUGGCUAGAUGUUGCAGACAACGUGAUAGGAAUGGAUUCCUACGCUCCUCGCAUGCUCACCGCCGAAGCAAAGGCACUAAGUAAAAAGUUCCCGAGAAAGGUGGUCCAAGACAAGAAUUACGGCACAUUACCCGAUAGAAAUGUCGGCUUCCCGGCAGCUAUUCUUCACGACAAGCCUCCGGUCGCCAGAAGAAAGGACUUCAUCACCGUCUUUGCCGACCGAGCUUUGCAAGACCCAUCACAAAAUGAAGCUGGAAUCGACAUUUCAGGUGUGGAGCAAUUGGUGGAAUGUGGUCAGACACGAACAAUCGCACAUUCAAUCCGAUCGCUUGCCCAUGUGAAGGAUGCUGAAGGUGUACAUCUGAAAACAGCAUUGUCAGGCAUCGAGGCUGAGGUUGCCUUGGAGAAAGCUAUGCCGGAGAAGCUCCCUGGAGGAGACUUAGUGGCAGUCCGUCGCUUUGAAUUAGGCGCAGCUGUCAAUCGCAUCCGAGGCUUGGAGUCACGAGCAGCAAGGGCGGAAGGGGCUCAGACGGGAGAAGGUCCAAAGAAGAAGGCACGCAUUGACCAUUGAACAAACGGUAUGGGAGGCUUAGAUGUGCUUGUUGGUGGAAGAAGUACGGGAAUAAUUGAUUGAGGUGAAUUGAGUUUGAGUCAGGAUGGACGCCUGAUCCUUACAGGAUUCAAGCUUCUCCGCACACAGCCAAUAGGUGUUGUGUCCAAACAUAGAACAUGAACAUCACAGAGAUGUGGCAGCUUUGAGCGGCUGUAUCAAGGGUCUAUGAUGCUCGAGUAGCAAGUACCCAAGUCGCUAGGGUAAGUCGGCACAAAACGAAGAUCCUUUGAUCGCACACGUGCCAAGGAUUCUCUGCAUAGAACGUAGAUGGAAGAAGCAUAUGAC